CAAAUUUGGUAAUUACAUCAAAGAUUGGAUAAGAGUGAAUCCAAUUUUGAUAAGAAGCUUGCAAGCUUAGUUAUAAAAAAUCCAUGCUCGCAAGAUGCAAGAUUCACCGACAUCUUGAAAGGGCAAGCCCAUCAAUGAUGAUGUGGGGCCUAAUGACCUUGGAGUGAAUUGCCGGAUUUUAAGAUUUUCCGGGGCAUCUUAUCCAUCCCCCAGUCAAAGUCAAAUGGAACAGGGCUUUUUUUUUUCUCAAUUCAAGUGGACCAAUUGAAUAAACGCAUUGGCCAUUGGACCCAUAUGAGUUAUUCAACCUCGAAAGCCGCCAAAAUUUUGGGUUUGGAGGGCACGAGAUGAACUUGUGAGGGAAAGAAGGAACAAGAAAAUAUACACAACCCCUCCAAUUCCCCCACAACCCCCCACCUCUUCUGCUUUCUUCUUCUUCUCUCCACCCCCCUCGACCGAAUUGAUUCAAAAAGAAGAAGAAGAAGUAAUAGGAAAAUGCAAAAGAUCCUCCGCCGCGUGGCCACCGCCGAGCGGGUGGCCGCCAAGCGGACCAAGGCGAAAGAUUUAAAGGUGUUCAAAAAGGAAAAAAAGGAGCAGUCAGAGGAACAACGGCAGCAGAUUUCCAUGGCCCGCGAAGAGUUUGCCAAAGCAAAACAAGCCGUAAAAGACGAUUGGAACUUGGGCCCCCUAGCACCAAGGCGAGACAUUGGCGAAUGGGCUGGUGCGAAGGGCGCCAUCCAUGAGACUCGAUACGCUACAUACGGCCGCAUCACCCUUGCUAUGCGCAAUCGCCGUUGCCAGUGGGCCGGCGGCGCUGUUAACUUGAACCUCGCCGUAGGGGACAGGGUGGUGCUAAUUGAUGGUCCGGAUAAGGGUCGCAUCGGGAAGAUUUCGAGGAUCGACGAGACCAAAGCUGAGGUCAUUGUCGAUGGACUAAACAAGAGCAAUCUUCGAGUACAAGCAGAACUACGCGGAGAAAACGACCCACCCGUCCUUAAUAUAGAACUCCCUAUAUCCAUCUCCGCUAUCCGUCUCGUCCACCCGAUCAAGGACCCCGAAACGGGCAUCACCCGAGACGUCAUAAUCAACCAACUAGUUCACAAGGGGCUCAUCCACGACCGACUCUCAGGGAAGUCGCGGUGGUCGCGCAUCGUUCCCGGCCUCAACGUAUCGAUCCCGUGGCCCAAGAAAGAAGAGGCCGAGUACAAAGAUUAUAAGUGCGACACCCUCCGGAUCGACGUCGAAGAAAAGACCUUCCGACCAACUCUCUUACGGCCCCCGUUCCCCCCCUCCGUCAUAGACGAGCUUCGCAACAAGUACAGUCGCUUCCGCACGCGCCACGAGCCCGAGUACAUCGCCCGUCUUGAGGCCGAGGAAAAGGCCAAGGAAGACCGGAAGAAGCUCAUGGAUACCAUGCGCACGCCCCUGCAGGAACUCCACCGCGCCGAGCGCGCGAACAAGAAGAAGAAGGGCAAGCCCCGCCUCACCAUCGAGAUGCUCGAGAAGAUUGGCGAGGUCAUGGCCAGGAAUAUGGAGAGGACGCGGAAUGCGGGGCUCGCUUUACCAGAGGCUUCUACAACCUCCACCGCCGCGGAUAGCAGCAGCAGUAGUUCCCCAGAGCAACCAGCAGCCGAAGCACCUAUACCUCCUCCCCCCACAGAGUCGAACGUGGAGCCAUCCUCCUCCUCAUCGUCACCACCGUCAUCAUCAUCAGAUCCUCCUUCCUCCUCGUCGACGCCAUAAGGCCCGGUUGGAAUGUAGGAUAAUAGAUGCCAUUUAGACCUGUAACAUAACUGUAUAUAACGAAAUGCAUUUAUGAGGACCCCACCUAAAUAAAAGGAAGGAAAAGAAAAGAAAGAAAGAAAGUAAGCAGAAGAAGAAGUAGUAGCAGCACGUACGAACGAAUCGAUUUCUGCACCCUUCUUCAUAUUUG